CCUCUCUUUAUCUUCUCUAUACUUUCAUGUCGAUGUUUUCUGAAAGUGACAGAGAGAAGCCUCUGCCACUUGACGUAAUUCACAAAAUAGAAUCUCAGUAGGCUAAUGGAGCAUAUGAUUCUCAGUUAGACGUUAAGAAGGUAGUGAGGCAGCAUGGCAUCAAGUUCCGUCAGUCAGGAAGAUGUCGAUAUAGACUUUGAGACAUCGUCUCGCCGAUCUCGUAUCCGCACAGCUCGAGCCAGGAAUAUUAAUCCAUCGUCACGCCCAGGUGAAGCAGAUGAAGAAUGUGAGGGAAGUGAGCGCGAUGCUGGCACUGGUGGAGGGCUCUUUCCAGGGGCUCCUGACCAUGAUGCCAGCCCCAAGCCAGCCACUAGGCUCAAAGAGAAAAGGAUGAAUAGACCUAACCACACUAACAAAGGAAAGCAGCAACGAGACCGACGAAAACUGCGUGAAAAGAGACGGAGUACUGGCGUUGUUCACCUUCCAUCCACAGAGAGAGGCUAUUUGCGCCCACAGUCAACAGGAGGCAGCACUGGUGAGGACGAAGAGUUGUUGUCGAUGACGGCGGAGACACGCCGCAACACACAUUACAAUGAACAUCCCGAGAAGGAUAAAAAUGCUACAGGGUCUAGUGACCAUCACCACUCUGCUGUUCCUGGGCCUCCGGCUAUGGUCGAUCAUAAGCACAAGAAAUCAUUUACAAGUCACAGAAAUAAAAGCCCAAGUGAUUUAGAAGCCGAUGAUGAAGACAACCAAGAUUAUGACUCCCUCACCAUGAGUGACUCCACCUUAUCUCUCGUCCAGCCAGCUUCUUCAGCCAUAACAAGCAUUCAUCCCUCUAAUAAUCUUCAGAACACGCGUCAACCUGCAAAUGGGCGGCCCGCAACACCGACGUCCGAAAGUGUAGAUGAACUUCUAGAGAGUGCCCGUGAGGAAAACCGACGUCUGUUGGGCUUGCUGGAAGAACGCGAUCGGCGCAUUUCUUCUCUGGAAUCUCGCCUCUCUUUACUUACUGGAGAACUCACUCAGGCUUGUUCCGAACGUUCUAACCUACGGCAGGAGAAUACUGCCCUAAUACGGGCAAUGGCUUCUCUUACUGCUAAGUAAUCCUUGCAGCAACCAUGGUAUUGUAAUGUUUACUAACAAAGUCAAAUAUUCCAUGUCUUUGGCUUUUUACACAAAUGUAUGAGGCAGUGAUUUGGUACUUAAGUAAAAAUUGAUGUAAGUUAUCAAGUAGACAUAUAUAUUUAAAGCUUCUGCAGAUGGAAAACAUCCACUCGUGAAACUGGCUGCUGUCAUGACUUAUUUUUGUCCUUGUCUGUCUCCCUUCUUGCAGCUAAUUAAUCAUACGACACAUUUCUCAUUAGGACUGUAUGGUUCAUAGAGUUGGGUUUUGCUUGUGCUCGUGGACUGUAUCACUAUACUGUACUUAGAAAAUAUGGAAUGUUUGGCCCAAAACAUUGUACUACAAGUUAGCAUAGUUCGUACUGCCACAGAUAUAGCCUAUACAUGGGCAUUGCAUAACAAUGUUUUUGCUACAUACAUACUCUUUAUCACUUUAAAUAUUACAUACGUCUUAUAUAUAUGGCCUUAGAAAAAGAUAAAGAAAAAUCCAAUAUACCUGUUAUCCCAUGGUUUCAGCUGUAUUUUAAGAUCUCUUUAUUGGAUUGACUGAAAGCUAGUUAUUUUCAGUGGUAUAAUUAUUUAUAAUUAUCUUUAGAACACGCUAGAUAAUGAAUUAUCAUAUGAACUCGUAUCCUAAUUAGAAAGGAAUUUCUAGCAAGGGUUUACAUUAAGGUUUUGGUCUAUUAAUCUUUGCUCUUCUUGCAUUCAAGUUAUGUAAGAAGUAUGAGUAAAUUAAUGAUUAAAUGCGUGGCUUGCCUCAGGCCAGGCUUGGGGAGUAGAAGAACUCCCAGAACCCCAUCAAGCA